GUUUUCUUAUCUUAGAUCAUAUCCAGCAGCAGCUGUAUCUACCUCUUUGCCAGCUUGAAACAGAGUAUUGGUCAAUACCACCUCCCUUUCAUGUGGACAAAGAAGAUUAGAUAAGCGGUCCCUUUUUCUUUCUUAUGUAAGCUCAGUCCCCCGUACUUAGCACAGUACCUCCAUGCCCUCAAGCCAAGGAGCAAGAGUAAAAUGCAGACCUGCUACAUAUAAUCAUAAACAGCUUCAUAAUGUGCAUAUUUUUUGUUUUGCUGGGAGACUUGGAUUCGGACAUAGCAGUGCUAAACUCAGAUGUUCUUAAAAGGGCAGCUAUUGGUUGGCUUAGGACCAGUUUUCUUAUAGAGGAAGUAAUCCUGAAUAUGUGUUCAUUGGUGCAUCAGAAUAUUAAGAGUUUUUAAGUAGGAAGAACAAAUACAUUGAAUAGAGCUUUUAAUAUUUUGCAUGAAAAGAUGGGAAAGAGCUGUAAAGUUGUCAUCUGUGGACAAACCUCUGUGGGGAAAACUGCCAUUCUAGAACAGGUUCUAUAUGGCAAUCAUAUUGUAGGUUCAGAAAUGAUGGAGACACAAGAAGAUAUUUAUCUGGGUUCAGUCGAAACAGACAGAGGUAUACGGGAACAAGUGCGCUUUUAUGACACUAAAGGCUUGCGGGAUGGCUCUGAACUUCCAAAACACUGUUUCUCUUUCACUGAUGGGUAUGUGCUUGUGUAUAGUGUUGACAGCAAGGAAUCCUUCAAGCGAGUAGAGGCACUGAAGAAGGAAAUUGACAGAUCCAAAGACAAGAAAGAGGUAACAAUUAUUGUUUUGGGGAAUAAAUGUGAUCUUACUGACCAGAAAUGUGUGGACUACGACAGUGCCCAGCAAUGGGCAAAGGCAGAGAAGGUGAGACUCUGGGAGGUGUCUGUGUUGGACCGCAAAACAUUGAUAGAACCUUUUGUUUAUCUUGUCAGCAAGAUGACGCAGCCUCAGAGCAAAUCUACAUUCCCCCUCAGCAGAAGAAAUAAAGGAAGUGGAUCCAUUGACAACUAAGAGACUUUUACCCAACAAUUAUAUCUAUGUAUGUCAUCUGCACACUGUUAUAUUUAUAUUUUGUAUUCCUUUAAACCUGUUUGAUAUUUGCAUAGUUGUCAUAUAACUGAAUAUGUAAUGAAGGCUGGAUUUUUUUAAUUGAUUUGAAUUAUUUAUUAUUGUACUGUUUAGUCAUCUUUGAAGUUUGUCAUUCUGUUUGAUUUUUCCCUUUCCAGUGGUUAGUAUGAAAAUGACCAAGUUGGCAUGAUUGCAUCAUCAGAUGUCAGCACCAUCACAGUACUGUCUCUUACAGGACAGUGACGAUAAUGAUAAAGUCAGAAGAGAGUAAAGGCUUAUUUCUGUUAGAAUUGUGCUCCAUAGGAGGAAAGGAUAUUUAUUCUCUGUGGUUCAGUUCACUUGAAACUGGUCACUAGAUACAUAAGUGAGAGAAGUGAUAUUCAUUCACUGAUGUUCAUCAUACUGAUCACUGCUACAGUAGCCUUAGCUAUAUGGGUUAUGUUCUGCCAAAGAGUAUAACAGUUGGCCAGCUUUCAAACUUCGGGGCACCCUCCACUCACUGAAACGAUUAGCCAUCUUGAGACGAACUACCUAAAAUCACAGGUUUGAGCGCAAAGCCCUUCAGAGCUUUCCUGCUGUUGACAAGAGCUCUCCUUUGGCUUUUGAGUAUCGAUGAUCAGAUUGUGUUUGCUCAGUGGCAGGACAGAUUUACCCUUUGGCGGAAAAAACCUUCCUCAUAAAAAAAAUAUAUUGUUUAAAUGUACUUUUCUGCUUAGGAAAGUUAUUUUUAAUCCAGGAAGUUUUGUUCACAAGACUUAACUGUACUUUUUAACAGGAAUGCAUGUUUUUCCUAUCAGUUUAAAAGCUAUUUAAAGUAGCUAAAAAACAUUUUUCUGUGGAAAAAUUGUGUUCAUUUUACUUUGGGGGCUGGGAAAGCAUAUUGAAGGCUCCUUACUUCGUUUUUUGUAUGAGAAAAUGUACUUUUAACCACUUUAAACGUUUACCAGCUUUUGUUCCUUGGCAGCAUUUUCAACUUGACCAUGGAACAAACUGCCAGUACCUCGACUCGUCUUCUUUCUAGCCACAAAAAGAAAGUGUUAUGCAAACAGUCUUUGCCUGCAUGCAGGCUAGCAAUUUGCCUCAUCUGCAAGUGGGUGACUCUACUGUGGCUGUAGCUGUUUCCUCAGACCACUCCUCUUUUAUGCUGGAUCCCUCUGGUGCAGCACCUGCAGCCAUUAUGGACCUGGGGUUAGCCACAUCCUCUUCAGCUGUUGGGAUCCCCUAAGUGUCCAAGGGAGAGUUACUCUGAUAAUCAUGGGAGAGGGAACAGGAAAGGCUUCCCUGUUUAGUCAGAAUGCUGUGCCAGUGACAGGUUCCUACUUCGAGCCAGCAAUCAAGGUGACUCAGUCCUCACCACUGACUCUGGUGAAGGACUGUCAAUAAGAGCAAAGAUGGAUUCACACAGUAUUUUUAGAUGCAGCUCCUUGCAUCAAACACAA